AUGAGCUCUCCCAACCCCGACACCUCUCCCCUCCCCUCCCGCACGCCCACCCCCACAACCCCCACCGCCUCCUUCCCUACACACCCACGCACCCACUCCUCAGGCAUCCCGGAUCUCCCUCCCUCCUCCCCCACUCUCCCCCUCACCAUGACCUCCUCCCUCCUGCUCACCAAUCUCCCGCGCGACUCCAGCACCGCGCUCGACUCUGCAUUUGUAUUUCCCACUCCGAAAAUCACGGUGCGGUUCCAGCCGAUUGGGUCGGCGCCCGCGUUGCAGAGACCGGUGUCGAGGAUUAGUUCGACACAGAGGUUUGAGACGGUCGUGGCGUAUUUGAGGAGGGUGUUGAAGUUGGAUCGGAAUGCGGGGGGAGGGGGGGAGAGGGAAAGUGUGUUCUUGUAUGUGAAUAGCUGUUUUGCGCCGGCGUUGGAUGAGGUGGUGGGGAAUUUGCAUAGGUGUUUUAAGGAUUCGAAGGACCAGCUUAUUGUCACCUAUUCGAUGACGCCGGCAUUUGGAUGAUUGAACGAACCAUGCGAUACACGGUAGACAGUCAUUCAAACAUUCAAACGAAACGGUUAACAUGGGGUAUUCAAUUGCUUUCUAAACUAGAUUUGGGUCGGUAUACAAAAAAAUUAUAUUGCUAUCGUGCAUCUAAAAGCUAAGCAAAUAUUGGGAAUCUAAAAGCUGGACAAAUACGCCUGCGAUCCAACAACAUCGAUAAUCCACCCACAAAACCUCAAUCUAUUUUGCUAAUCGCA